UGACGUUUCGGACAGGAAGCAGGAAAAGCUGGUCAAAGAGAUGGCGCGGUAUGUUUGGACUUACGAGGAGACGAGCUAUUUUUUUAAUUUAAUUCGUGAUAAAGAAAUAACGUUCAUUCUCGAUUCAAAGCAGCACCGAUAUGCAACAAUCUAUAAAGACCUAGAAGCUGCAAUGAAGGAAGCGGGUUUCCACAAGCCCUGGGAAAUUUUACGGUCAAAAUGGAAAACACUAAAGCAAAAAUACAUGGCGGAGAAGAGGAAGCUGGGACAAAGUGGCGCCGGGGGGAAAGGCCAGAUCACCUUCAAGUACUUCUUCCAAAUGGAGGAAAUACUUGGACAAAGACCGAUGGUGGCAUCUAUGGCAUCCGUCAUCAACAGCAUGGGUGAUGAUGACAACGGUCCAGAUACUCCAGGCACUAAAGAUGCAUCCAAGGAUUCAGCAUCAUCACUGGAUGAUGAGUCAACUACAGAUGCAGAGAUGCCUGGUCCUUCUAAUACUUUGGAGGAAGAAGAGAGGGAGCCACAAACACCCCAGAGCCAACAAAGGUGGAGAAACGCAAAAAGCAGAAGAUCAACUCUUCAGAGCUUCCUGAGAGAACAGGGAAGACAGGAUAAUGCCGUCUUGACCACAAUCAGCGAGGUCUUAAGUCGUGCUGUCCAAUGUUUUGAGAGGGCAACCGAAGCAGCUGAGCGCCACGCUAAUGCUCUUGAGACUUUAGCUGGAAUUCGGCAACCCAUUGUUUCAGACACACGCCAACAACCUCCUUAUUUCCUGCAACAUCCAGUCAGACACCAACCGCAGCAACCUGGAUACACUACAUACAUUGAACCACAACAUCGGUUCACUCAACCUCCAUACCGUACACAACAAGUGGAGAAUGAGUCUGAACCUCACUCAGCUUUGUCAUUCCAAAGCACUUCAACCACAUACCAUAUUUUGUAAGUUCCGAUUUAAGGUUUUUAGUUACUGUUGUGUUAUUUUAAAUUAAAGACUGGUGUGUUCAGUUAAACGCCAUGUUCUGACAGCAGAUAAAAAAUGUUAAGGCACUUUAAGUUAUGUUUGUUUUAUUGGAAAUGGAACACAAACAGGAACACAAAACAGCCAGUGUUAUUCUGUUCAGUGAGAGAAUCGGCUGACAUUAAGUUUAACUUUUUUUGUUGUAACUUCUUUCUGAUAAAGAACUUUCAAUAAAAGUAUUGAAAACAAA